GAAUAUCUGGAACCCUUUUUUUUUCUUCUCAACAAGUCAGUUAGAUCCCCAUUUUUUUUCGCCUUCGAUUUUUCUCAUGUCUCCGUCUUCUUUUCUUUCUCCUAUGUACCGUACCCAGUUCAGGUUGCUUCGUGUGACCUGUUGCAGUCAAAACCCCCCGCCUCCUGUCAAGCCUUUGCCGGGCUCCGCCAUAAUCCGGGAUGUCCCCGUACAUAUGUACCACAAUAAACUCUCCCAUGCCUUCCUGAUCGAUCUUUGGCCCGUCAGCAAGUAACAAAAGAAGGGUGUGAAGCUGGAGGUCAGCAUUGGCGCUCAUUUCGAUAGAGUUCCGCACAGUCUGGGGAAGAGAUUUCUUGGCGAGAUUUGGCGAACCUAGAAGGAAUUACGGAGUAAAGAAAAUCAAACGCUAAAAAAAAUUCAUAUGGUCGCCAGCCAUUUUGAUUGGUGGGUGGCAAAGGUUCAGGCAAAGAAGCCGUUUUGUGGACUUGCGCAACUAGGAACUUCAGUAGAAACGCGACAGAAGCACUAGAGAAACAAACGGCCUUGCAGCUCCUAAACCUUGCCAGAAAUGAUUAAUUAGCUAUACCCUUACCUUGCAGGUUUUGUGCAGCUGUACGUUUUGUUUUUGUUUCUUUUUUUGUACCGCCCAACGACCCCGACUCCGACGUUUGCCAUAAAACAGGGCUUACCGCGGAUGUUCCAAUACAGAUCCCGGCAAGGGUUAGCUAAACCAACUCAUUCAUUCCCUGGCCUUGACGUCGGUUUUUCUAGUAAAUGCUACUCGAACCCUCCACUCGCCUUGCCUAUUGCACACAAAGGGCCGAGGCACAUCCAGCCUUCUGGCCCCCGGCCCAUGUGGAGAUCGACGAAAAGAUGCCUCCACCGAAAUGAUUUUUUCCCCUUCUCGACGUGUUGGCCUUCUUUUCGCGAGCUCCAAGACCAAGAAUAAAAAACAAGCAAGCCUCCCACCCCACACUAUCCUUUCCCUUUCCCAUGAACCUAUCCCCCAGAUCCACUUCACUGCUUCUCCAGGGUUUGACUUCCCCUGUGAUCACCAAUUACUACCAUUAUAAUUUGUCUAUUUGGGCGCGUAUCGCCAAAGGAGCCCCCCUCCCCUUUGCCCCCCCGGAAAUGCCAGGUGUGGCCCAUGUGCCUCUCUAGAACUCUCUCGCUCCCGCAUUGCUCUUAAUACUCCAUCAGGGUCCUCCCUCAGUUGAACAAAAGAGCUCUCUUCUGAUUUCCUCUUCUCUUGCUCCCCUUGCAUGUUCCCCAGGGCUUGGCGUACUUGAACCUCCGCAUCCAGUUUUGAGGACAAACAGGUCUGCGCCAAACGUACAAAACAAGUCCCCGACGAAGUCAAAGAGGAAAAAAGAGAAACAGACAACACAGCAGACAUGUCAGACAAGGACAUUGCGCGCGAGGGCAUCGUUGCCCAUGAAAACACCAGCGGCAAGCCCAGAAAGCGCGGGUGCAUCGGCCACUGCGGACGCUUCUGGUGGGUCUACCUGAUAGCUUUGAUUGUUAUCAUUGUUAUUGUGGUCCCCGUUGUAAUCCUCGUGGCCGUGCCCAAGAUCGCGCAGGACAAGAUCAACGCUGCCGAGCUCGACGUGCGCGACAUCAAGGCGCUCGACACGCAGACGCAAAACUUCACCAUGACCAUUGACAGCGGCAUCCGGACCGACGGCAAGGUGCACGCCAAGGUCGCGCCGUUCGAGGGCGUCAUGUACCUCGAGGACUGGGCGCCUCAGAGGCCGUUUGCCAAAAUCCAGUUCCCCGAGACCUCGAGCGCCGCGUCCCAGGACGUCAGCGUGAAGCAGUUUGUCAACAUUGAAGACAUGGAGGCCUUUACCGUCUUCAACACGUGGCUGCUGCUGAACAACACCCUGAGGGUCACCAUCAAGGGCGACACCUCCGUGCGCGUUGACGGCAUCGCCCGCGACUACCCCGUUGUCUUCAAGAAGACGACCACCAUGCCCGGUCUGAACCUGUUCAAGGGCACCAGUGUUAGCGACCCCAAGAUCAUCACCGGGAACCACACUGAAGACAACGGCGCAAACUUCCAGGGAACUGUUACGAUUCCCAACCAGUCCCACGUGACUUUCGAAGUGGGUAACGCGACCUUCUUUAACUACCUGGGCGACCAGGACGUGGGCGAGGUGUACAUCAACAAUAUGACCAUCAGGCCCGGCGACAACGUGUUUCCCAUGACGGCCAAGGUCAGCAACGAGGCCGUCGUGGCGGCCAUGACCAAGAGGCCGGCCUGCGAGACCGGCAAGCUCACCUUUGGCCUGCGCGGAAAGAAGGUGGUGAACCACGGCCAGCCCCUGCCCUACUUUGCCGACUCGCUCGCCAGCGCCAACCAGACCGUCGAAAUCGACAUCUCCCAGGCCCUCGGCUUCAAGAUCCCCUGCUCCCAGACAUCAUAGCUGGGUUAUAUAGGCAGAAAAAUGAAUAAUACUGUUUUUCUUUUAUUAACAGCAGGCGGUGGCAGCGUCUUGGGCGGCUCAAUCGAGAAGGAUGUUUUCUUUCUCCAUCAUGUCUCUUCUCUCUUUCCGUUUCCCCCACUCAUCCACUUCAUCCCUUGCGCGAUACCCUUGCCUGAAUGUAGGCAGUGAUGCCUCAUCGGAGUAUCUUGUUUUUGACUGUAUAUGAUUUUUCCGGCAUCGCUCGGGCAGCAUGCAAAUGAUUGCAACUGGCAUUACUCUUAAUAAUACUUUUUUUUGCAUUACAAG